AUUGUUGAGAUUUUCAUUCUUUAAUUCAUAAAAUGGGGAAAAAAAUGUUGGGAGGAUGAAAAGGUAGGCCAGUAACUUUUGAUUAUGAAAGAGCUGAAAAAUGCAAAAACCCUGAAUUAGAAGGAAGAGAGGAACCUCCCAAUUGAUCACCAUAUUGUAGAGUCACUUCAGUUUUGAAUUUUAAUUGAAAAAAAGACCCUGCCAACUGCGCAAAAUCAUGAAUUUAAUUAAUGGCAGGUGUUUAGGGAAUCAUAUAGAGAUUGAACAAAGGAAGCUUGGAAGGCAAGUCUCCUAGUUAGGAAAUGAAUUAAAUUGAAAGCAAAAGAGAGAGAGUAGGGCAUAACGUAUGGAUUUCAUGAGUUGGGAGUUCACUUUUGAUCAUAAAAGAACCCUAACUUGAAACCCAGAAACGACAGAGUAGAUGAUUGGAAUAAUGCGUCGCCCCUCCACUUGGAAAUUUGGAAGAGAGAGAGAGAGAGAGAGAGAGAGAGAGAGAGAGAAGGGGGGGGGGGACUUUGGAAAAAAAAAAAAAAAAAACAGAGAAAAAAGUAAACGAAUGAAAGAAUAUAAAGUAAAAGCUUAAAGCAUUCUAGCGACUAUACAUUUUUUUUUUUGCAAUUUCUUUUUCGUGCAAAGACAAGUAAAUUAAGGUCACGCUGUUAUUAUUGUUUUCUAGCUUAAUUGAAUUGUUGUUAAUUAAUUGUUUUUCUACUAUGGUGUAUUCUAUCUAAGUUUUAAUAUCAUUUAAAAAUUAAAACGAAUUUAUUUGCAUUUUUGACUUUGACAAUUAUAAAAUAGACUGAUUUUAUCUUCAGAUGAAUUAAACGACGUCGUUUGUCGGAAAGCUCAUCGCAUCGGGGACAUGCGGACGAGUCCUUGGCCGUUUCCGAGACCUGGAUCCUCUCCUCUCAUUCUCAUUUCCCUCACUCCCAACGGGAAAAAAAUAAAAAAUAAAUAAAAAUAAAAAAUAAAGGUCCCCGUCAUUCCAAUUCCAUUCCACGUUUUCCCAGAACCAGUGAGAGUCCAAUUUCCAAAUUCCUCCCAUUAGAGGGAGAGUGGGAGAAAGAGCUAGAGUGAGAGGAUGGUGUCGUACGUGAACGCCGUGCUGUAUGGAGUGGGGGGAAUAGUGGUGGCGGGGAUGGCGCUGCUGGUGGCGCUGCAGGAGAAGCUGGUCUACGUUCCGGUGCUGCCGGGCCUCACUAAGUCCUACCCCAUCAACCCCUCCCGCCUCCGCCUCCACUACGAAGACGUCUGGCUCACAUCCUCCGACGGCGUCCGCCUCCACUCCUGGUUCAUCAAGCUCUUCCCCAGCGCCCGUGGUCCUACAAUCCUGUUUUUCCAAGAAAAUGCUGGAAAUAUAGCUCACCGUCUGGAAAUGGUUCGCAUAAUGAUACAGAGGCUGCAAUGCAAUGUUUUUAUGCUUUCGUACAGAGGUUAUGGUGCAAGUGAUGGCUAUCCUUCUCAACAUGGACUUACAAAGGAUGCCCAGGCUGCUUUGGAUCAUCUCUCUCAAAGAACUGACAUUGACACAUCCAGAAUAGUUGUGUUUGGAAGAUCACUUGGGGGUGCAGUUGGAGCUGUGCUUGCUAAAAACAAUCCUGACAAAGUUGCUGCAUUAAUACUGGAGAAUACAUUUACAUCCAUUCUGGAUAUGGCUGGAGUUCUACUGCCAUUUCUGAAAUGGUUUAUUGGAGGAAGUGGUGCAAAAGGUUUCAGGAUUCUUAAUUGUCUUGUCCGUUCUCCCUGGAGUACCAUUGAUGUCAUUGGCCAGAUUAGGCAGCCAAUCCUUCUUCUUUCUGGAUUGCAAGAUGAGAUGGUUCCCCCUUCCCAUAUGCAAAUGUUGUAUGCUAAAGCAGCUGCACAGAACAAGCAAUGUAUAUUUGUGGAAUUUCCAACUGGCAUGCAUAUGGACACUUGGCUGGCCGGUGGUGAUCACUAUUGGAGAACAAUUCAGCAAUUCCUUGAGCAAAAUGCUCCGGAGAACAAAGAAAACAGGGCAUCUCAAAAUGAGAAUGGUAAUUUUUGGGUUAUUGGACUUCCCAUCAUAAUAGCUCAGUGUACAUUUGUUUGUUUAUUUCUGUUCCAAGUUAGGUUCUUCUCAAAAUUUUGUUUCUAUAAUUGUCUGAUUUAUGAUGAGAUGCUUGCAGCAUCUACUCAUGCUUGUCAUAGCUCAGUCUUAGGCCGAAAUUUUUUGCAUGCUGAACAUAGAUGGCCCCCUCUUUGUUCUUUAGUUGCUUUUUUUGUUUGCAUCAUUUCAUUAUUUCUUCAAAUGGCAGUUCGAUAUGAAGUGUCUGCUGGAAAAGAAGUCUAAGGGCAAAGUUUCUGUCAUGCCUGUUUGUGUUUCCAAUACAUCUAGUUCAAGUUCACAUCGUUCAUCUUAAUUGGAAGAAGUUUCUAAUAUUCAGAGCUAUAUAUUCUCCAUGAAACUCUUUCUAUUAUUGGAAUGCAUGCUUUUUUUAUUCCUCCCAGAUAUAUUUUUAUGACUUAUCUUAGUUUUUGCCUAUUUUAUCUUGUUACGGGAAGGAACUGCACAACCCUCUUAGAAGUUUUUCUUUGUUGUCGUCAUACAACGACAAUUUUUAUAACCCAUGUACAAACAACCAUGUGUUCUCACUGCUAUCUACAUAUUUUUUUUGGGCAGAUUUUGAGGCAAGGUGACUGGGAGACUUUCAGACUCCUGAGGCUUAGUCAAUUGGUCCACCACAGUACUUUAACUUUUUAAAACUUUUUUUCCCCCCCCUGUAGUUGCAGCAUAUUGAAGUUCUCUGCGAGGACUCGCCAAUGCACCAAUUCAGUUUUGUUUUUGUUAUAUUUUUUCCUUUUGGUUAUGAACUGCAGAUGCGUAAAAAGGGUGUGAAUGCUUUAUUGUAUACUCGCUGAGAAUACAUCCCCAAUAGGUAAUCAAAUUCAUUGUACGAAAUAAGAAAUUCUUCUUGUGCAAA